UUUGAUUAAUAGAUUACCCCUCUUCUUAUCCUAUUUGACAAAUCCACCCCUGCCUUCUCAUUCUACUCGCUUUCACCACUUUCCGGCAACAGUUGACACACACAAAAGGGCUUCCAAUCGAUAUCAAAUUGAGAUGGCAACUGCGGUAGAUGCCGUCGGAGAACCGAUUCCGACAUCGGCGGUGCUGAUGUCAGCGUCGAAGCAUAUCGCCGGUAAAUGCAGAGGCCAAAAUAUCGCCUUUUUGAAGUGCAAAAAAGACGAUCCUAACCCUGAGAAAUGCCUUGAUAAAGGCAAUCAAGUCACCCGUUGCGUUCUUUCACUGCUAAAAGAUCUUCAUCAGAAGUGCACAAAGGAGAUGGACGCUUAUGCUGGCUGUAUGUACCAAAACACCGAUGAAUUUGAAUUAUGUCGUAAAGAGCAGAAAGAUUUUGAGAAAGCUUGUCCAUUAAAUUAACCAGGUUGGAAUAACUCUAUUUCACAGCCUCCUUAAUAAAUUUCCACACUUUCUAUGCAACACUUUUCGAGCAUUGUUCUAAUGAUCAAUCACUUUGCGUCAUUCCCGUUACAAUAAGACUUCAAAUUUUCUUGAAUAUUUGUGGAUCAUUGUUGUAUGGAGUGAAAACUGCCAUUGCCUUGAGUGUUCUUUUCAUUGGCCAACAUAUACUGCUAUUGGAGUAACUUUUCAAUCACUCUUUUUUAA